AUGAUUAUCCCUUUUAAUAAAAAAAUUAUUUCAUUUUUUCAAAUUGUCUUAGUUGUUCUUUUGUUAUGUAGAAGUAUAUAUUGUGAUAGUCGUCAUGUUUUUAUAAGGACUGAAUUAUCGUUCGUGAAGAAUAGUGUUCCUUGUGUUGGGGAUAUGUUUUUUAUAUAUAAAAGGGAGCUGUAUAAUAUAUGUUCGGAUUUUUUAAGAAGCGAAGGAGAUGACCCACACAUAUAUGUACAAAAGAAAGUGAAAGAUUCAUGGAUAAUUCUAUUUGAUUUGUUUAAAGAAACUGAUUUAACAAGACGUCCUCAUAUCUUCACCUACAUAGAUGUGGAAGAGAUAAUUAUAUUACUUUGUGAGAAUGAAGAAUUUGGUAAUAGAAAGAAGGAUUUGACGUGUCAUCGUUUUUAUAGUAAUGAUGGGAAAGAAUAUAAUAACAGUGAAAUAACCAUAAGUGAUCAUAUAUUAAAAGAUAAGAUUUUAUCAUCUUAUGCUUCUUUCCCUUUAAGAAUGAAAGAUCAGGAGUAUUUUUUAAUAUGUGGUAUAAGUCCUUAUAAAUUGAAGGAUGAGACAAAGAAGGAUAACAUUUUAUGUAUGGCAAGUCACGACAAAGGGGAGACAUGGAGAACCAAAGUGGUUAUAAAUUAUGAUGAGUAUAAAUUAGGUGUGCAAUAUUUUUCCCUUAGACCCUACAUUUCUAAGAACAAUUUGUCAUUUCAUUUUUAUGUGGGGGAUAAUAUAAAUAAUGUAAAGAAUAUUAAUUUCAUCGAAUGUAUAAAUGAAAAAGAUUUUGAAUUUACAUGUAGUAAUAAGGAUUUUUUAAAAGUCGAUAAAGUACUUCAAGAUGUUUCUAAAUUAAAUGAUCAAUAUAUUGUUAGUUAUGGAAAUGACAAUAAUUUCAAUGAAUGUUAUAUUUUUUUUAACAAUGAAAAUUCUAUAUUAAUAAAACC